GAGAGGUUUGUGGCUCGCCCUGUGUAACUGCUUGGUUUGACUUUCUGGGCCCUCAGUUUCAGAAUACUCUACAGGCAUUUGUGUUUUUGAGGUGAAAAUGUGUGGAGUAGUUUCAACAGAGUUUCCACAUCUCACCGCUGGUAAAUUUAAACACACACUGGCCUCUGAUGAUGUGCUGGCUCACUUCUUCAAUGACUUCUUAAGUCUGCCGUCUUUCUCAGAGGCUUUGCAGUACAACCAGGAGACAGGGCUGUUUGAGGUGGUGAGUGGGACAGCUGAUUCUAUCUGCAGAAGAAAGAGAACAGUCCUGCACCGCAGCAAAUCACAACUACUUACCAGUAACCCCACAGUGCUGACCAGAACUCCUCCUGUAGACAGCCAUUACACUGUUUAUUGUCUGGACAGAGAACAAGGAAUUCAGUGGAUCAUGGAGGAAAGAUUCCCCUUUUUCCUUCAAAGUGAUUACUACAUUGAAUACAGACUUGCCAAGUUGUUGUUUCAGUGGGAGCCACACCUCUGUAUCCAGAGAAGGAAAAGAAGCUCAAGCCGAACCACCAACUUUACAUAUCAACCCUCUGGCCAGAGGGAACAUAUCAAUGCAGAAUGCAUGGAAUCAUCCAGAUGUUUCUCCAGCUGUUCUGAGCCAGACAACCCUUGUACCUUUUCCUCUUUUCCCUCCUCAUAUUCCUCCUGCUCCUCCAACCUGCCAUCAGCUGGCAACUCAGAGAGGCAACAUCUCCAAAAGUCCAGUGGCCAGGAUUUUGAGUCUUCACAACUACAGCUGGAGUACCUGGCUGCUAGAGUGGUUAAACAGGUGCUCAACAAUGCCCUGAAAGUAAUGGAUCAUCAGAGACAGCAAAACAUUUCUGGCUGUUUCAGCAAGUCAGUAGACCAGACACAUUGUACCAGCACAGAUAAACCCUGUGAAUGUAAAGUUUGCCAACAUUCACCUAAUGGAGGCAGAGAAAGACUGGAGGGGAAGAAGGAGAAAGUUCAAGAACGCAAAAGGGGGAGUAGGGACACAGACCAUGAAAAUGUCCCUGAUAUUUGUUGCCAUGGUAGCUGUUGCCAGGGCAAUAUACCAGGCUUGGGUGCGUUCAAGGAGUUUCUGCGGGGAACGCCAGGGGAAAAGCUAAUUAAUCUCUGGAUGGAUAUAGAAAAACUGAAAGCCACACAGCACAGAGAGCGGAAGAACAGGUUCUUGGUCCUGAUGAGGAGCCGGUACCUGCUGAGCAGCAGUCGGAGCAGUCUGAACACAGAGCUGCUCUCCAGACUGGAACUGAAGACCUCCCCCUGCUGGACAGAAGAGAAACUGUGUUCAGUUCAGCCCUGCCUCACUGAGGCUCUGCUCUACUACUGGGCCCCCCGGUUCUCGAAAUCUCAGUGUGUUCAUGAAGACCAUGAUGACACCUCUAAUGUGGGGCUGUGGUGGUGGAAUAGCUGUCCAUCAGGGAGACAACUCCACCUUGACUCUUUAACCCUGCCUCCCCUCGUCCCUGACACCCGCUUGUCUCGAGCCUCCCAUACUGUCCCUUCACAGUUAUGCUCUGGCAGAAGUCAGUUUCUGGAAGGCAGGAGGAUGGAAAAGAUGUUACAGGCUCUCAGUGUAGACUCACGUGCCGGCUUGUACUUCACACACUUCUGUGUACAAUCUGGAAACCAGCUUUGGGAGAAUGCAGUUUACUUCUGGACUGAUCUGCGACACUACCAUGAGCUGUUCUACCAGGAUGGGAUGGACCCGUACAGAGUACAGAGAGAGGCACAGCUCCUAUACUCCACAUAUCUGUACACCUCUGCUAGAAGGAGCAUUGGUGUGGAUGAGGAGAUCAGGAGGAAGGUGUACAACAGACUAAUGCCGGCUUUUGAGGAGCUGUUUGACGAGGUUGAGGAACACACCCUGAACAUCCUGCUGCAGCCAUGGACACUGCUGGUAAGCAGGGAUGAAGAGUCCUUCCAGAAGGUGUGUGUGCAGGAAGGGAAUAGGGUUGAAAGUCAGGACUACAGGGAACUCCAGAGUGUGUACGAGGAAUCAGAGCACCGACUGAAACAGGUGCAGCAGUCUGGGUCCAUACAAUCUCCCUCUCCUAUUGCUUCUUCUACUCCCUCCUCAAAGGGCCUCCAAGCACCUAACUCUUGGUCUAGUGCGUCUCCAAAUUACCAAGGUUACCGUCUAGGUUCCUUACUUCGUCAUCGCCACGAGAUUGGGCACUUUAUGUCUUUCCUCCAGAAUCAGGAUGCCAGUGUUCAUCUGACAUGUUGGCUGGAUUUGGAGCAGUACAGGAGGACUCCUCAGCGGGACAAGGCUGUCAAACAAGAGAGGUCCUCUCACAUUGCAACCAAAUACCUCAACAGGAAGUACUUCUUUGGUCCUGACAGCCCUGCCUCCACAGAACAACAGAAUGAUAUAAUGCAUCUGGCAGGUGGACUGGAGCGUCUGAAGCUGGAGUGUCUGUCAAAUGUGGUUGUCGUGGAGAUCCAGGACAUCGUCAGGCAUCACAUUGAGAAAACAUGGCUGCCUCAGUUUCUGUCCACGGCAGAGUUCACAGAGCGACAGAAACACAAACCAAAGCCCCAAGCAGCAGACAGGCUCUCGCAGCACGUCUACCAUCGACGCGGAACGAGAAGAAAAGCCUGGAAGGCUGAGGGUUUAUGGAUGAGUUCUUCCAAAGAGAUUCUCCUGUUUCGACAGAUCUUACUCAACCCUGUCACCUGUCUGCAAUUCCAGCACUUUGUCUCCCUGAAGGGAGACUUCCUGGAGAACGACAUGCUGUUUUGGUUGGAGGUCCAGAGGUAUAAGGACCUUUGUCACUCUCACAGCGACGAGGCCACCAUCCAGCAGAAGAUCUCCACCAUCAUCAACUGUUUUAUCAACUCGUCCAUGCCCCCCAGUCUGCAGAUAGACAUCCCUCCUGAGCAGGCCCAGCACAUUCUGGAGAAACGCCACAAGCUUGGCCCUUACAUCUUCAGAGAAGCACAGAUGUCAGUGUUCAGUGAACUGCUGAAGGUUUGGCCUGAAUUUCAAGAGCUGAGCAGCAGUGUCGAAGAGAAGCAACUCCUCCCUCUACUGCAGGAGAAACGAGUCAAACACAGAGCCAGAGUGAGAAGACAGAGGAGGAAAGAGGAAGAGGAGGAGGAGGUGGAUGAGAGGAGGAGAGCCCAGGAAGAGCAGGAGUCAGACGAAUCCAGUCGUAGAGAGGAGGAGGACAUGGGCAAUGUAGAAGAAGAACAAGAGGGGAGAAGUGGAAAAAAGCAGUGGAGGACACAAAGCAGAGUGCAGCCGUCUCCCACACAGCCGCUGUCGUGGUCCUACUCCAAGUACAUGGCAGCUCUGAAGAGGGAGGAGGUGCUGCUGAGGAAAAAGAGUCAGUUGGAAGCAUCGUUCUCCACUGCCUCAGACUCCUCCUCUUACUGCAGUGUCAACUCAGCAGGCAGCAAGCACAGCCACAGGCAGUCACAUCGCUCCUCAACAGUGUCACAGAUAUAACAGAGGUUUAAGAGCCUGCAACAUGAAAUGAAACCAGAGCUCAGGGUGACUGACAGCGACAAAGGUUGAGGCUGGGUUUAUAGAUGAUGUAAGAAUAUUUUUCAAACGCAGUGUAACAGACACCUGCUGAUUCUUACAUC